GAAAUAUUAUUCUUGAAAUCCAUCGUCUUAUUUGUUGGACUGUGCUGUGAUAUCAUUGCUCGGCCACUAUAAGCUCAUUCUGUCUCCAGAAGCAGUCAAGAGGGCAAUGGUUCUCUUCACAAACUCCAUCGCCUACGAUGCGCUGGUGUUCUUCGUGACGCUGACAGUUGUCGUCUACGCUUACUUCAAAUGGAAGUACCAGUACUGGAAGAGGAAAGGUCUCCCAUAUUUCGUGCCCAAAAUACCGUUCGGGAACUUUCCCAACCCAUUGACAAGCCAAUUGAGCAUGGGAGAGCAUAUUGCUCUGUUGUACAAAGAAGCCAAGGCGAGAGGUUGGAAGGGUUGCGGGCUCUAUACAAUGGCUGUCCCAAUAUAUAUGGUGCUUGACAUGGAUUUGGUGAAAAACAUAAUGACGAAAGAUUUCAACAAUUUUAUGGACAGGGGUAUAUAUUUUAACGAAAAGGCAGAUCCAAUAAGUGCACAUCUAUUUGCCAUAACCGGAAUGAAAUGGAAAAACUUGAGGGCCAAACUGACGCCGACCUUCACGUCAGGGAAAAUGAAGAUGAUGUUCCAGACAAUGGCAGACUGUGGCGUGAUCCUGGAAAAGUAUAUCAAAGAUGAAGUUGCGGGAAAGCAAGUUGUGGACAUUAAGGAUAUUUUGGGUCGUUUCUCUACGGACAUUAUCGGUUCCUGCGCGUUUGGGCUGGAUUGCAACAGCUUCGAACAACCCAAUUCUCCUUUCAGGGUCUACGGGAAGAACGUCUUGGAGACCUCUACAUUGGAACUAAUAAAAGAGGCCUUCUGCAUCAGCUUCCCCAAAGCUGCUAGAGCCCUUUCUCUCCGCGUGUUCAGGAAGCAAGCCUGCGAUUUCUACACAUCGGUCGUACAUGACACCAUCUCGUACAGGGAGAAGAACAGCGUCAAGCGCAACGACUUCAUGCAGCUGCUCCUAGAGAUGAAGGCCAAAGAUGACAAUGCUACAGAAAACGGCAACACCCUGACCAUGCCUGAGAUAAUAGCGCAAAGCUUCGUCUUCUUCAUCGCUGGAUUCGAGACCAGCUCCACUACCAUGACCUUCGCCCUUUUUGAAUUGGCGAGGAACACCGCCGUCCAGGACAAAGUAAGAGAAGAAAUCCGCACAGUCCUCGCAAAACACGACAAUAAAGUCACUUACGACUCGAUGAACGAGUUGGUCUAUAUGAAACAAGUCAUCGAUGAAACCCUCAGGAUGUACCCUCCGGUUCCACUUUUGACAAGAGAAAGUGCAGAAGACUACAAAAUACCCGGCCAAGAUUUUAUCUUAGAAAAAGGCACUAUCGUCUUUAUACCUGCAUCAGGUAUACACUACGACGAAGACCACUACAAGAAUCCCAAAGUUUUUGACCCCGACAGGUUCAGCGUAGAGAACAAGAAGGCCAGGCAUCCCUACGCCCAUCUUCCGUUUGGGGAAGGACCCAGAGUGUGUAUUGGUGAAAGAUUUGGAAUUCUACAAUCUAAAGUCGGACUGACAUCCAUUUUGAAGGACUUUAAAGUUACCUUAAGCGAGAAGACUAAGUUACCUUUGAAAAUGAAUCCUUAUGAAAAGAUUACCUCGCCCAUUGGAGGUAUUUGGUUGAAGAUCGAGAAGGUUUAAAUAGAUACAAGUUGACCAAAUCCAUCCUGUCCGACAGAUGCGCAGAAGAAGGGAGUCUACCUAGGAGAGACGAAGACAAGAGCAAGUGUCGCGCACAUCUGAUGCUCGAUGAAUUUGGUCAAGCUAUACCAUUUCCGUCAUAUUGAUAUAUUAUUGCAUAUUUUAUACCAAAUAGAUACAUAAAUAAAGUGAUACAAGUAC